AUGGAGAACUCAGAGGUUAAGUCAGAGGCUGUCAAUGGCAUCGAGCCCGACGACGCCGACGAUGUUUCCAUGAUCGAUAUACCCCCGCAAGACCCGCCCCAACAAUCCCCAUCAAUAGCCACAACACCAGCAGCAGCCGCCACCGCAGCCGCCGCUCCCUCUCCGCUCCCAUCAGCGCAUAUCCCGACACCUGUACCUAUCCCAACGCCCGGCCAGCAACAAUCACAACAACCUCAAGUCCAACAACAGCAACCCUCGUCGCGCGCGACGUCGCAACAUCCAGACACCAUGCCUCCCUCCGCGACAGCGGCCGCAGCGACUGUUGCGGGGGGGUUUACCAUGCCUUCGGAAGCGACGCCGAAUGGUGCGCCGGUGCGCCAGUACCUUAACAGCAAGGUUACGGUGGUGUUGUUGGAGGGGAUGAAAUUGGUCGCGAAGGAGCAGUGA